CUUUUUGUAAGGAUGAGAAGAAAAAAUUAAAAUGAAAACUCUACUUAUAGCUAAAAAAAGUAAUAAAAUAGAAUAGUAAACGAUAUGCAUAAGUUAGAGGAAGAAGAUGAAGAUGAUGGAGCAUACCCACCUAUUGAGUAUGAUGAAAAUUACUAGCACAGCUCUGAUUCCUCAGAUGACGAAUAGUAGAAAUUUGAUACUAAUAAUGGUAUCUAAAAUAAAUAGACUAAAUAAAUUUUUUAAAAUUAAAAUUCUAACGAUCACAAUAAGGGAUUAAAGGUAAGUAUAUAUGCGAGAGGAUAAGAAUAAAAGUAAUAAGCUUAGCAUGUAAGUAAACCACCUAUUGAAAAUAUUUAGGAUAUGUUUAAGAAUUAGCUAGAAAAAAAAUUAAAGAUGAAAGAAAAUUUAUCAUCUUUAAGUAGUAUUAAAAAUAAAUUUGGAUCUGGUGACGAGGAAAGUGGUAGUCUUAAAAUAAAUGUGCAAGAAAAUUAAAGCACUCAAUUACAGCCUAUUACUUUUAAGGAAUAAAAUAUAAAAAGUCUUAAUGGGUCUCAAAAGAAUAUAAAUGAUUUAGGGAGCUAAGGUAAUUCUCAAAACAGCUCAAUGGUAGAAGUAAUGAAUAUUUAGCUAAAUGAAAUAAGCGAAGCUAGAAAAAAACAUUUAGAACAAAUAAAAAUGAAGUAAUAUGAAUAAAAUAUUAAAAAUGACAAAAAUUUAUCUGAUGAGCAGAAAAAAGUGAAAUUAGACUACAUAAAGCAUUCAAUGAUUGUUGAUAGAAUUAAAAAUAUUAUCGAAAAAACUAAAAAAAUGAAAGAAUAGCAGUUUAAGCCUGCUAAAAAAGAGUAACGGUUCGAAAUGUAAAUAAGCAUUUUCAAAAACUUAGACACUUAUCUUGAAACAAAAGAGUUUUUACAAAAAAUCAACUCAUCUGUUAACGAUAAUUAAAAUAAGUAAAAGUAAUCGUAGCACAAAGUUUAACAAGAAAAUUCUACUGAAAUAAUACGCAAAAAAAAAAAUACAAAAAUAUUUAAAUCCUUAUAAAAUAACUAAUUCUAAGAGCAGGGUGAGCUCAAAUAUGAAAAUAUUUAAAAGAUACUUUAGAAAAGCUAUUAAUAUUUAAAUGAAAAAAAUGAUUUAAUAUUAUAGUAGGAAUAGAUUUUAGGUGGUAGUUUUCUUUAAUAAUUAGAAAAAAUGAUGGUAGGAGAUCGUAUUAAGGAAGAAAGUUAAGAGGAUAUGCUAUAAUUAUAAAAAUAAUUGAAAUAGAAGUUUGAACAAGUAACUACUUAAGAAAAUUAGUCUGAUACCAAUGCCUUCUAUGACAUCCUAUAAUACCAACUAGAAACAGGUUACUUUUGUAAAGUCGAUCCAGAUUAAAAUAAAAUUUCAGAGUCUUCAUCUUAUGAACACUAGAACAAUUAGAUAAAUGAAAUAAUCAACUAGAAAGUCACUGUUGAUAAAAAAAGAACAACUCAAACAAAACAAGAUGAGCUUGAGGAAUACAGAAAGAAGGCUAAAAAAAUAACUUAACUUCUAUUAAGUACGAGCAAAAACAUAUUAAAAAAAAAUAUAGAAGAAAAUAACUUAGCUAUAUAAUAAGCGAGAAGAGCUCGUGCUAAUCUUAAAAUUUAAUAAUAUUUAAACAUAAAAUAAUUAGAAAAGAAUAUUAAAAGUAUUCCUUAAAAGCUGCAGAAAGCUUACAUAUCUGAGCCUGAUAAAUUAGAUGAAGAUACAAAUGAGUAAAGAGUUCAACAAGAAAAAGAAGAAUAAGAGGAGUAAGAGGAGAAAAAAUAAAUGCUAAAAGCUAUGCUUCCACCAAUUAGCACAAAUAAGAAUAAUAAUAUUGAUAAAUAAUUAUAAACUUUAGAAAGCACCCUCACAAAGCUGAACAGCUCUAGUAUUUCUUAAAAUAUUUAGAAAAUUAGAAAUUCUAUUGAUAGAAGAUUUUCUUUGAGUAAUGAAUAAAAAGGUAUUAUUGUUCCUUCAUAAAAACAAUCAUAAUUUGGCAAAACAAAUAGUCCAUCAUCAAUUCUUAUAAAAAAUAACCAAGAUCCAUAGUAUUUCGCUCAAGUAUAAAAUGAAUAAAAUUUAGAUUUUACUGCAAUGCCUUCUUCCCCAUUAAUAAAAAACCAAAUAUCUUAAACCUCAAGGAGAAGUAAUACUAAUUUCUUUAAGUAAGAUCCGUAAAUAUUUAAUAUGACAAAAUAAUCAGUAAAUAGUAAUUAAAAAACUAACGACAGAUCAAUUAAAAAUCUAACAGAGAGUGGUUACUAAUACUAAAUAAAAACAAAAAACGUGCAAGAAUCAGAAAAAAUGAAGGGAUCUAAACGGAUAUUAUAUAAAAAAUAGAGCUCUAUAUCUAAAUUUGGAGAUAAAAGUCCUUCUUCUUAGAUGAUUUAAACAGAAGUAUCAACUUAAGGAAGUCCUAUUUUAUAAGCAUAGAGCUAUAUUUCAAGUGCAAAAACAGGCUAAAUAAAUAGGAAGCAAAGUGGCCAAAGCAUUCUAGAAUAAAAUAGCUUUGAUAGUUAGUUCGAAUAGCUGAACAAAAAAUAGGGUUUUUGUGUUAUGAAUAUUAAGGAGAUUGUUAAUAAAUUUAAGUUAAAAGAUCAUAGUUUUUAAAAUACAAAUAAAUUCAUUAAAUUAGAUUAGAAUAAAUACUUGUAAAACUAAGAUCAAGUAAAAGUAAAAAGAUAGAAAAUACAAUCACUAUCUUUGUCAAAUCAGCGCUCUAAUCAAAAAAAUACUAUUGAAUAUCAUAACAAUACAGACAGAUACUCAGCAAAUAGCUCAAAAUAAAAAUAAUAAAAUAAUAAUUAAGCCAAUAAUCCUUAUUAUCCUCUCGUUUAGUAAAAAUAAUAAAUAUUUAAUCAAAUAAAAUCUUAAUCCUUGGAAAAAUAAAAAUCUAAAUAAAAUAAUAUUUUCUUGACUGAUAAUUUUGAACUUUCUCCAAGUAAUACAAGAAAAAAUAUAGCGAGUGAAAAAGUUUUAAUUUCAAAUCAUUUCUCUGCUAAUACACAGAGACGUAGUGUAGCAAAUUUAAGUGAUAAACUUCUUCAAUUUUAGAAAUAAAGUGAUAAUGAUAAUAAUCCUCUAAAAUUACUAAAAAAAUGUUCUUUAAAUUAUAUAUCUGAAUAAAAUAGAAAUCUUGAGUAGAUAAUGAACAAUAUUAAUCACUUUAAAGUCUCUUAUAAAAAUGAUAAAGGUUACUUUAGUCAAUAAAUAAGCGAAUUGCAGCUCAAAUUAGAGUAGCAAUAAGAAAGGCUUACUAAUUAACCACUAGAUUCUCUUAGAUUAUGUUUAGAUGGAGUAUCUCGUUAAAUUAAGCCUUACUUUUUCGAUAGAAAAUAAAUUUAAAAAAUUACAUGA